AUGUCAUUGCAGCUUAAAGCGACUGCUGGCGUCCCGUUCUCCACGACGGUGGAGGCCCUCCUACCGCGACCUAUGGCGUAUCACCCCCCGCAGAGGGCGCAGCUGACUGGGAAGUGGGCUUUGAAGGGCCUUCAGUUGGCGGAUGGUUCCGAUGAUGUUGAGCGUAUAGAGGUGAUAUUUGGGACGGAAGUGUUCGCCGAGAUAUUGGUGCCUGGCAUUCGCCGAGGACCACGGGGGGCUCCCAUCGCACAACGCCGAUACGGCCUGUUACGACGUUUCUGGGAGGUGGAGGAGGUUCCAGCGGCCUCCACACUCUCAGAGAAGGAGCGAGCUUGCGAGAAGCUUUUUACAACGUCAGUUCGCUGUCUUUCGGACGGCCGUUAUCAGCUGCGUCUGCCAUUGAAGGCCCCCCUGACAGAACUCUCUCUGGGCGAUACUCAGUGGAUUGCCACUGCCUCGCUUCACCGCUUGGAGCGGCAUCUGCUGCGGCAGCCUUCUUUAGGCGAAGCCUAUCAAGCGUUCCUUAAAGACUACGCACAGCAGAGGCAUAUGGUUCGCCUGUUGCUCGGUGUCGAACAACCACGGCCCUCGUACUUUAUGCCACAUCACCCGGUGAUAAAACGAGCUCCCGAGCUCAAGGUCCGAGUGGUCUUUAAUGCCUUGCAGGCGUCCACCAAUGAGCAGUCCUUGAACGAUUUGAUGCACGUAGGGCCACGCCUGCAACGAGAACUUAGAGAGGUUCUGCUUGCAUGGCGGAUGCAUCAGAUCCUUUGGCGAAAUAGCCAGCUGCAGCCGAUAGGGAUGUACCGCUUAGCCACGGUCACCUAUGGCAUGGAUUGUGCUCCCUAUUUAGCGAUACGCACGCUGCAUCAGCUCGCGCUGGAUGAGGAGGAACACUAUCCCCAGGCAGCGGAGUUGCUGCGUCAACAGACGUACGUCGACGAUAUACUUGCGGGAGUAGAUACUCUGGAGGAGGAGCGCCAGCGACAGCACGAGCUGCGCAGCCUGCUCAUGGCGGGCGGGUUCCACCUCCGGAAAUGGGCGGCCUCUCAGUCGGGGCUUUUGUCCAAUGUCCCGGAGAGUGACCGAGAACCAUUAGUGCCACUGCCGGACCCCGGGACCGUGGGGACCUCCGUGUUUGGGAUCGGUUGA